CACACACACACACACACACACACACACACACACACACACACACACCGCUCCGGUAGUUACACCGCUCAGGUAACUCAAGGCUUCUUCCCGGUGAGGCCCGAUGGUCGGCCCAAGGCUUCUUCCCGGUGGGGCCUGAUAGUCGGCCCAGCCCGUUCUGGCGCAGGCGAGUGUUUAUAGUGGCGCCAUCUUGUGCUGGCUCAUGCUGCCCCCCCGGAACUCAUCUUUGAGCCUCUCUUUGGAGAGGUUAUCUAGAGCCCGGGUUGAUGGGUGGUCUUCAGGCCAGCAUGUGGGUAGUCUUAGGCCACUCGGCGGUGACUGAAAAACCUCAGCUGUGCGGCGGCCAGGAUUCGAACCCGCGUCCCUCCUGGACCUCCUGAGCGCGGGGCCGUCACGCUAACUAUUCAGCCACCACCUGCGGAAUACUAGCAACAGAGACGUAUGCACCCAACCGUGUUUCACGCUGCUGAGGUCGAGAGGCUUGAUUCUCGUCCCAAGGUACGGUGAGACCCUGAGGAGCUGGAGUUGAUGGCCAGCUUUGAGAAGUCCCACCUAGGUCAUCCUGCCAUGAAUCAAGCUAUCCUGAGGGAGGUGCUGCUCCACCGUACCCUGGACGCCAUCAAGGGCUAGAGGAGGCACCCCGACUACCAAGCUAUGGUCCAGGCUGUUGUGGAGCAGUCCGAGUCGGCGCCAAGAGUGCCUCCUCUUCCGCACCCCCUGGAUGUGGGCCGGCGUCCUGAAGACCGGCCCAACCUUGACCUCAGCCCAGGGAGCACUCCACCACCAUCAACGGAGGACCCUGGCGCCGGAUGCUCAACCGGUCGUAUCUCAACAUUUGGUCCUAAAUCCGCCAUUGUGGUUGCAAGUUCUGCCCUGUGCGAUGUUCAAAAAACGUCCUAGGCGCCAUCUUGUGACGUCAGGUCGCCCCUCAGCCUGACUGCUCGGAAGCGGGGCUAGGGCCCGCUUUUUUAAACGUUCGAGUUAGCAAACAGCAACCGCAAAGCCCACGUCGCAUCCUGUCUUACUAACAUCGCGAACGCGUUUUUUAAACACCGAAAAGGAGACCCUACGUGGUGCUAGGCCAAGCAGACACCAACCCCACUUUCCGCACAGGUUGGCAGCUCUGAAGCGUCUCGUGUGACCAGCCAACCAAUCAGCUGAUCGGUGUUUACAUAAAUUACAUUCCUCCUACGGUCCUACCAGAGCAGCAGAUCAGUCUGGAGUUGCAGCCCACAAGAGAAACACCGACAUGGCGACACCAGGCAAAGGAGCACCACUCAGCCAAGGGCAAAAGAAAUUCCUGCUGGAGCUGGUGUCGGAGAAGCCUGUCCUGCAGGACAAGUCUCAUGGGAUGGCGGUCACCCUUGAGAAGGUCAAGGCGUGGCAAGAGAUUGCUGCAGCCUUCAGCCUGAAUUACCCGGCCGAUCCCAAGUCGGAGAAACAACUUAAACGAGCAUGGGAAUACACGAAGAUGAGGGCAAAGAAGAACCACAGCCACCGUGUGCAGCACAUGUUUGCAACUGGUGGAGGGAAAUCCAUGCCUUCACCACCUAAAGAAGACCAGCUGAUCAUGUCAACCCUCUCGCGGGAGCUGGAACCUGCGACCCAGCAGUGUGACACCCUGGAUCCAAACAUUGUGGUCGUGGAUGCCUCUGAAGUUGAGCAAUGGCAGCCAGAGGUUCCUUCGUUUGUGAAAACCAUUCUACGUAUUGUGGAAUAUGCUCAUCAACAAGACGCCUCGGAACAUGACUUCUUUCUCUGAAUCGUGGUUUAGUUUAUUCCUAAGGAAUAUGACUU